UAUACACUCUGCAAUUACUCCAUCUCCUUCCCUUUCUCUCGAUCUCCAAACCUCUCCCUUUCUUCCCUGUUUUCCUUUCUUUUCCUCGUAUCUUUACUCUUUUUCUUUUGACUGUUUCAUUCUCUACCUGUUAAUGGUCUCCUCUUAAUUUCGCUGUCUCUUCUUCACAAAUACGAAAGGGAAAUCUCAAUCAAAACCGCCCGGAAACCACUGUUGGAUAACCCCAUAAACGUGGUUUCCGGCUACUUAAUAGUCUGAGAAGCAGAUCUGACCCUUCUCACCUCUCGUUUGGACUGCCGGAGAGCCAACAAGGGUUGCUUGUCUCUAAUGGAAGCUUACACUUGAUUAAAUUGAAAACAAAAAAGCAUAAUAAGGCUUUGUUGCAAUCGUAAGGAUCUGUAGAUAAGAUGUUGCAGCCAAACCUACUGGAGGGUCAGCAGCAGCAGUAUCCGCUGGAGAUGAUGAUGAGCACUAACACCUUAGAAAACGAGAUGGCAAAUCUGAGGGAAGAUGAAUUGGAGAGCAAAUCUGGCAGUGAGAACCUCGAAGGUGGUGCCUCCGGCGAUGAUCAAGACCCCAACAACCGCCCCCGCAAGAAGCGCUACCACCGCCAUACUCAGCACCAAAUCCAAGAAAUGGAAUCAUUUUUCAAAGAAUGCCCUCAUCCAGAUGACAAGCAAAGGAAGGAGCUAAGUCGUGAAUUAGGGUUAGAGCCUUUGCAGAUCAAGUUUUGGUUCCAAAAUAAACGAACCCAAAUGAAGACCCAGCAUGAGCGCCAUGAGAACACACAGCUUAGAAAUGAGAACGAGAAGCUCCGGACAGAGAAUAUUAGGUAUAAAGAAGCCCUCAGCCAUACCUCAUGCCCCAACUGUGGUGGCCCAACAAGUAUUGGGGAGAUGUCCUUCGACGAGAAUCAUCUCAGAAUCGAGAAUUCUCGACUCAGAGAAGAGAUUGAUAGGAUUUCGGGCAUUGCUGCUAAGUAUGUGGGAGGUAAGUCGUUUGUGCCCUACCCUCUUCCCAACUUAGGGGUUGGGAACUAUGGAAUGCACGGCACCACCGGAGGGGAGAUGUAUGGAGCAGCAAGUGAUCUCCUUAGAUCAUUCUCUGCACCAACUGAUGCCGAUAAGCCUAUGAUUAUCGAACUCGCUGUGGCAGCAAUGGAGGAACUGAUUAGAAUGGCUCAACUAGGUGAACCCUUGUGGCUGCCAGGCCCUGAUGGUGCUACUGAGAUCCUAAAUGAAGAUGAAUAUAUACGGACCUUCCCUAGGGGAAUAGGACCAAAACCCUUUGGGUUGAAAACUGAAGCUUCUAGGGAAACUGCUGUUGUUAUCAUGAAUCAUGUUAACAUUGUUGAGAUUCUCAUGGAUGAGACUCAGUGGGCUAGUGUCUUCUCUAGCAUUGUAUCAAGAGCCAUGACUCUGGAAGUCCUAUCAACAGGAGUAGCAGGAAACUACAAUGGAGCCUUGCAAGUGAUGACAGCAGAAUUCCAAGUCCCCUCGCCGGUUGUUCCAUCGCGUGAGAGUUACUUUGUAAGGUACUGUAAACAUCACCCCGACGGGACUUGGGCAGUGGUUGAUGUUUCAUUGGACACUUUAAGGCCUGGUUUAGGAACUAGAUGUAGAAGAAGGCCAUCAGGAUGUUUAAUCCAAGAAAUGCCAAAUGGGUAUUCCAAGGUCACAUGGCUUGAACAUGUAGAAGUUGAUGAUAGAGCAGUGAAUAACAUAUACAAAUUGCUAGUUAACUCUGGACUCGCAUUUGGUGCAAAGCGCUGGGUUGGUACUUUGGAUCGACAGUGUGAACGUUUGGCUAGCGCAAUGGCUACUGGCAUUCCUUCUGGAGAUGUUGGUGUAAUAACAAGUCAAGAAGGUAGAAAGAGCAUGCUGAAGCUGGCUGAGAGGAUGGUGAUGAGUUUUUGUGGUGGUGUGGGUGCUUCAACUGCUCACACAUGGACUACUGUUUCUGGGGGUGCUGCUGAAGAUGUAAGGGUCAUGACCAGAAAAAGCAUAGAUGAUCCAGGUAGGCCUCCCGGUAUUGUACUAAGUGCCGCCACGUCCUUCUGGCUUCCAGUCCCACCAAAGAGGGUUUUCGAUUUCCUUCGCGACGAGAACUUUCGAAGUGAGUGGGAUAUACUUUCAAAUGGUGGUGUUGUGCAAGAAAUGGCACAUGUUGCAAAUGGUCGUGAACCAGGGAACUGCGUCUCACUACUGCGCGUGAAUAGUACAAAUUCAAACCAAAGCAACAUGCUAAUAUUACAAGAGAGCUUCACAGACUCCACAGGCUCUUAUAUAAUCUAUGCUCCUAUUGACCUUGUUUCCAUGAAUGUGGUGCUAAAUGGUGGAGAUCCAGACUAUGUGGCACUCCUUCCCUCAGGAUUUUCUAUAUUGCCUGAUGGACCAAAAACUCAUGGAGGAACAUUAGUUGGUGAGGUUGGGUCUGGUGGAACUCUUCUGACAGUGGCAUUUCAAAUCUUAGUCGAUUCAGUUCCAACUGCAAAACUCUCUCUUGGAUCUGUGGCUACCGUAAACAGUCUCAUUGCUUGCACUGUUGAUAGAAUUAAGGGCGCAUUUUAAUGGCAAAAUGCAUGAACUGGAAAGGCUGGCUUACAGCUCAUGAAGAACAAGAUGAACAAGGAAAGAUGGAAAAGAGGGGUGGUGUAGAUUUCAGGGUGUAAAAAGAUGGGAGUCAAGAACGCACCUCAUAUGAUCCUUGCCUAAUGGUGUCUGUUAGGAGGGGCUGCGAAACAGUGCCUGCGACAGAUUUCACACCACCUUGGAAGGGCAGUUGGUUCGGGUAUUGACUUCCUUGGCCGAGUACAAUGAGAGAGAAAACUAAUCACCCUUUUGUCUUUUUUUCUUUUGUGCUUAAGCUUCUUAGGGUUAGGGUAAGUAUUAGGGUUACUGAGGGCUAUGUUUUGGGUUUGGGUUGUUCAUGAGAGUUAGGGUUCUCCAUCUUUCUCUUUUUCUCCUGUUGUUGUGUGGGCGUUGAUGAGCCCUUGGUGUUAGGGUUAGGGUUCUGUUUAAGUUUAAAAAACGCUUUAAUUCUUCAGUUUUUAAAAGCCUUAGAGUUUGAAGUAAAGUACUAUAUAUUUUUGGUUUCCAAAGUGAAUUUAGAAAGAUUCUAAUC